AUGAAGCGUGCAUUAAUUCUUCUGUUCCUAUGCUCCCUGCUACAACAUGGCCUGGCGUUGGAGCGGAAAGACCUCGGAGAUGAGGAAAGUCUCGAAACAGUAAGCGAACAAACUAUUGAACUCAAAAGUUCUAAAGAGUAUAAAUAGCUAGUUAGUGACGUUUCGCGACCUAACACUUCUUUAAUUACGGUAGAUAUAUUCAGAUCAGCUCAGAACACCUAGAUGAAGAUGGUUAUCCAACUCCCAGGCCACACAGCGAAGGUCUAGAAGUUCUUAAGACCGAUAAGGUCCCACGUGAUACCAGCCGCUUCAGCUUGGAUGAUCUUAUUCAGAGAGACGCCAGCGAUGUUUCCGACUCAGACCUGACACUUGACCUAUCGACUCCAAAAUUCACGUACGCAGAUAGUUCACGAUGGAUUUUAUCGAACGAAGAUUCGCUCAGCAAGGAUCUGGAAGUGGACUCUUUAAGCAGGAAUGUCCCAGAAACAAAAGGACAACUGGAAGAAGUCUUGGAUUUGGAUGACACCACUCCAGGGUCGUUAAAAGUAGAGCAUGACGCUCCAAAAUUUGCUUCAGAAUCCACAAAGUCUUUUGAAUUGGGUUCUCAAUCUUCUGAACUGGACAGAGAAAUUGAAGAAAUUAUUCAAGAAAAAGCCGAAGGGCCCGGGUCAAGAGUUGUCUUUAUUGAUCCUUCAGAAGAAGAAGACGACGAGGAAGAACAGAAUCUAGAGGACACAAAAGAAGCAACCUCGGAAGAGAUCAAUAAAUUCUUGAAGGAAAUUGGCGAAAAGUAUGGUAAAAGCAGACAAGGUUCGGAUGUGGAGUUCAAGGAAGAGUAUCAACAUCCCUAUUUGAAGACGUUCAUCAUCAAUGACAAGAAGACAGAAGCCCCUUACUUUAAAGUGGUUAAUAGAAAACGAAGACACUCAGUUCAGCAGGCGUCCAAACCAAGUUUGGAGCCGUCAGAAACCCCAUCAAAGACCGGAGGCACACAAGUUUCAGAUGUCAAAGAAACUUCUGGGGGUCUCUCUUACAAUAUUAACUUCGAACCCGCCAAAAGCAGUAAGCCGAAGAUUGACAGAAGAAAGAGAGAUGUCACUUCAUCAAGCAGCGACACUAGCGACAGCAGUGAGAGUAAUGAAUUGCCAACCUCUGUUACUCGAGUUGAGACCACCAAACAACAAAUGAGUAAUCUUUUGGACAGAAUUGAAGAAAACAGUCGAAAUGUGAACAUUGGCGAUAUGCGUGAUGAUGAGAAAUGGCCCGGGUAAGCAAUGCUAAAUAUAGUAAAAACACUGAAAAGACUGCGUGUAAAGAAUUGUAGUACUGGAAGGUUUAUAAAAUGAAGGGGAAUGUAAAGAGAAAAACAUGGGACUUGUAGAUUUCUUACAGUUUGUUUACUAUUUUUUCAAACCUUGAACCAACAUCCCACCAGUUUUAAACAAAAUUUCUGCUCUAUGUCCUACUGUAAUAUGUUAUAAUUACAGACCACAGCCUCUUCCCAGAUCGCCAGAACAUCGCACUUUCCACGAUGAGAUGGCCAUCCACCGACUCCCCAAUGGAUUUGGCUUCGCAAUCCACUUCAGUUCGUUGACUGUGGGUAUUGUACUCUUCUCCGCCCUCAUUUUUAUGACAAUUCGUUAUAUCUUCAAAGCCAGAAUGUCCAAUAAUACCCAUCAAAGAUUCGAAAACGAAAAAGAUCCCAAGAAUUUGCCUUGA